GGUGAGGCGGGACGGGGCGGGUCUGGCGGCGUCCUGCCGCCCGCAGUCGGGCUUAGGAAGGCGUGAGGGACGGAACCGGUGAGCGUGAGCAGCAAGUGUCGUGUCAUCCUCCCCCGUGUGAAAGGCCACCGUUCAAGAUGCCCGCCAACGUCAACAAGGUGCUGGGCCACAAAGAGCUUAAGCAGCAGAACCUCUACCGCGCCCUAGCGGCCGAGUGCCUGGGCACGCUGCUGCUCAACUUCUUCGGCGUCAUCUCCUGCGUCAAGACCAGCCCCCUCAAGAACGACCUCGUCGAGGUUUCGCUCACGUUUGGGCUCGUCGUCUUUGCCGUCGUCCAGGUGUUCGGACACGUGUCCGGGGCCCACGUGAACCCGGCCGUGACCGUGGGGAUGCUGGCCACGGGCAAGACCCCCGUCAUCCGGGGGAUCCUGUACAUCAUCGCCCAGAGCGUCGGCGCCAUCAUAGGCACAGGACUCGUCAAGGCUGUCACCCCCGAGUCCUUCACCGAGGUCCUCGGCAACACCAAGCUCACCGCCAAGGGGAUCACAACGGCGCAGGGCUUCGGCGUCGAGUUCCUGCUCGGCUUUGUCCUGGUGCUGGUCGUGUUCGCCGUCUGCGACCCCAACCGGCCCGAGUGCAAGUACGCCGCGCCCCUCGCCAUCGGCCUCACCGUCGCCCUGGGACACCUCGCCACCAUUGACUACACCGGAUCGUCAAUGAACCCGGCUCGCUCCCUCGGCUCCGCCGUUCUCACCUCGGACUUUGAGCACCACUGGGUUUACUGGCUCGGACCCUGCGCCGGAGGUAUGGCUGCAGGUCUCCUGUACACAUUCGUGUUUGCCGCCCCCGUGCCCACUCAGUCGCAGACCACCUACACCGUCGUCAGCACCAGCGACAAGGAGGGCGUACACGAUGAAGCAGUCCGGAGGUUAUCCAAGCAGAUGCUGAGGAACUAUCGCCGAGCCAAGUCCAUAGACGACCGAAUCUACCCUUGACAACAACAUAAUCGUACACUGCUACAAAGUGAAACUCCACAUGAAGCGAUUGGAUGACGAGCCCUGAGAAGGGUUCUAUUUUUGGUCAAAAACCGUUGCUUUUUGCGCCAAGUAGUGUGAUAGCAACGCGUUUCGCCAACAAGGUGCUAUUUCUGCAAACUAUUGCCACUCUGGCAGAAUAUUUCCCCUCUUCCUUUCAGGAGAAGGGGCGUUUCUUUGUUUUCAAUGAGAAAUGUGCUUUUGUGUCUAACUUCUGAUUUAGAAUUUCUUUUAAAAGCAUCAUAUGGUAUGUGUAGGUAUGUGCACCAAAGAAUCUGAAUAUAUGUUUAUUCAAAGACAAGCAUGAAACUUGUUGUAAGAUUUAAUUUAAACAUUUCGAAAAAAAAAUGGAAACUGUAAUACUAUGCCUUACAGAUAUUGCCUAUAGAUGGCACAGUUGCACAAAUUAAAUAUGUUAAAUAUGUGCCAGUCAACAGUAAAAUUUACAGUUUCUUUUGUGUAGGAUGUGUCGUAACAAGCACUGUGUUUGUGCCACACUAUGUUUUGUGCUCGUAACUUUUUUCUACGAUUACUAUUAUUGUGUUCAUUUGAUUAGCUAAGUUAAGGCUACUUCAUUACCUCACGAAGAAAUUGUUAUUUCAUGUCCUGUCAUCAUAUCAAUUUAUUGAUCAAGAUAAUUGCUUGAAUACCGUCCAUUUUGUAAUAUGUAAAAGAACUGUUUCGUCACUAGAACCAUGACUAUGAUCAACUCGAUUCGAGUAAUUAAACAUGUCAAGAUCUCUUCCUUCUAUUUUCGGAGAGCUUCCAUUCGCUUUUCACGCAUCAUGUGAUAUAUGUUGCUAUAUUAAUUUAUUUUUUUGAUGUUUUAGCUAAAUGUUCUAUCCGUCGUUUUCAAGUGAAAUGGGAUGGUCCGUGAAUGAUAAUGUGUUGAGCGCGGUACUGCCUCGUUGUCUAAUAAACAAUCUUAAUUAAAACAAA